GAUCAAUCUGUCUACCCGACAACAUCUCCCUCGAAGAGUGUUACCCUCUAACGUACAAUUUAUAUCUAUAUCAUCGAAAGGAUAAAAGUUGUGCGAUCAAAGAAGUAAGAUGCCUCGAGUAAUUGCGACAUCGCUCCUCAUUUUAAUCUUCGUCAUAAUGGUUCAUUCAGAACAUGCGCUAAAAUGCUACAUGUGCACUUCAUUAUCAAACGAAGGUUGUGGUUUAGAUUUUACAACAAAUUCGUUACAACCAGUGGAAUGUACCAAUAGCAAUAUAAUGGAAUGGCAAGGACGCAUCCGGCAGCAUAAUAAUUUCACCUCAAUGGAAUGGCUCUUCAAUGAUAAUAUAUCACAACAAAGUAUUCUCCAGGAUAUGGCUUGUUCUAAAAUAAUCCUUAAUAUUGGGAAAAAGGAUGUUGUUAUAAGGAUGUGCAAAUCAAAACUCAAUAAUCCAUGCAAGACAAUGGAAGAGAAACAGAAGAGUAAUGUGCGCAAAAUGGAGCAAUGCGAACUUUGUUUUAAAGACGCUUGUAAUAGUACAACGUUUCUAUCUUCUAAAAUAUUUUAUAUUUUUCUGUCAUUCCUUUGCACUCGUAUUGUUCUUUAUCGUUGAAUGUAAUCUUCAUUACUUCAUACUAAAAAAAUGUCCUGCAUAACAAUAAUAAUCAGUUAUCAUUAUACAUAUUCGUUUUGCAAUUCAACCAUGGAAAUUAGAUUUUAUAAUUAGUAUAUAUUUCAUGUAUAUAUACAUAUGGCCACAACACGAAAGGCAAUUUGCAGAAUCAUUCAAUUAUAAAUUUAAUUAAUUUUAAUCAAAGCUUAAAAAAUAAUUGUUUCGAUUGUUAAUACAGCCAAUUAAUGCUAGAAUUGGUUGUAUUUUAUCGACAAGAGCUGCAACAUUGACAUUUCUGAUCACAUUUGUAACUACCAUAUACAAUUUAUCUUUAAUUUGUGGACUUUUAUUUUGAUUUAAUUUAGUCAUUAAUAAAUAAAUAUAUUUAAUUUGAUUG